AUGGAACCCAGUUUCGUUGUGGCUUACUAUUCUUGGAUGGGAGACUCAACAUCACGAUACCCUUUGGCGAAUACUAUCGAUGCUGUUAUGCUCUCACUGCUUUCUCUUAUCAUAGCAUCAGGAACAGUUCUACGAGCCGAUACUGAGCAAUGGGAGCCAACAUCGUAUCCCGAUCCUCGUACCAAUGCAUCGCAGUGCAAUACCGUUGAAGAUUCUACAUUAUGUGAUCCAGACCGGAUUCUCACUGAUACCUGGCGUCAGACUAUAAAUGACAACAUUGCUAAGCAGACAGCCCGGCUACAAAACGUUGAUGUUCAAUACACGGCGGAAGCCUCAGGGAAUUGUUGUGCGAACAAUGUGUCUGAUGUGCGAAUAUUUGUGAUUUUGGCAAGAAGAAUCAACACCACAUCAAAUCAAAACAUCACUAGCAAGGAUUUGGUAGAGUUAUUUAAAUUCAGUUCAGGGGUUCUAUGUGUAGAUUGUUCUACUGGUUGUAUGGUCAGGGUAAUUCAGACCGCUUUCGGCCAUGGUCUACGAGAAGCCUACGGUCUUGAUGCUCAACCAUGUAGGAAUUAUAUUCUCAUCCUUGGCGUUGAAUUGGCAAAGGAGCUCUAUGUUUGGACAGGUUCUGAUCUGGCCUUUCCGAAAGAGCGUAUGGAUACAUCACUGAGCCAGUACAAGAAUAUGUUCCUUGAAAGGAAUUAUAUGGAAGGACUGAAUAAAAUCGUCGCAGAAAUUGGCAACAUUCUAGUUGAUCCGUUCAAGGACUCAUCAACUGAAACUAAUACGAAGAACGCUACUAUGGAUUUCGACACAGAAAUGUCCGCUGAAAACACUACUACUUCCUUGGGACAAAAUUCAUCCGCACCAAUGUAA